ACAGAACAAGAUCUACACCAGAACAAACAAACAUGUUUACUGUAUCACUGACGGAUAUCUCUCUAUGUCUAUGAAUGAUAAUAAUGUGUGGAUCAGUGAUCAGAUGCAUCAGAUUCAUUCAGAGUCAGAGUUGUUGAUCAGAUUCAUGAGUGGAGAUCAGACUGAUGUGACUGAAUGAUUCAUGGAUGAUUCACAAACAUUCAGAGAUGAAGAUUAUCCUCCAGGAUUCAGAUCGAUCCAUCAGGAGAGAUCAGACUCACCUGAGAUCAGCUGUGCGUCCAUGAAGACUGAUCAAUCUAUGGGUCAACCAAUAAGAUUUAAGGGGGAAGACACAUCACCUGAUCAAAGAUCAAUUCAGCAGCAGAAGAAUGUAGAUUGGCCUGAGAUCAGCUGUGUGUCCAUGAAGAGUAAUAAGUCUAUGGAUCAUCCAAUAAAAUUUGAGGGGGAAGACCGAUCACCCGAUCAGAGGUCAACAUUGUUGUCUGGACAAUACUCAGCAUACCAAAUCAGAACGUCUGUGAGUGAUCGGUCUAUAAAUGAUCUACAGUCACAUGAAAACAACAGUUGCAGUUAUUCUAGUCAUCGUGCUAGAGUGCAAAACACACUAAAAUCACAUCUGAGGAAGAAGUUUGAGUGUUUGUAUGAGGGAACAUCAGAGCAGAGAAACCCAACACUGCUGAAUGAGAUCUACACCGAGCUCUACAUCACCGAGAGUGAAAGUGGAGAGAUCAGUAAUGAACAUGAGGUGAGACAGAUUGAGACACAAUCCAGGAGAACAGCAACAGAGGACACUCCAAUCAAAUGCAAUGACAUCUUUAAAGCUUUACCUCCACAAGACAAACCCAUCAGAAGUGUGCUGACAAAGGGAGUCGCUGGCAUUGGAAAAACAGUCUCUGUGCAGAAGUUCAUUCUGGACUGGACUGAAGGGAAAGAGAAUCAGGACGUCCACCUCAUAUUUCCAUUUCCUUUCAGAGAGAUCAAUCUGAUGAAGAACCAAACACUCAGUCUUUUAGAUCUUCUUAAUCUUUUCUUCCCAGAGACAAAAGAAAUGGAAAUCUCCAGUGAUGAAUAUAAAGUGUUGUUCAUCUUUGAUGGUUUGGAUGAGUGUCGUGUGUCUUUGGAUUUUCACAGCAGUGUGAGGUUGUGUGAUGUCAGUGAAUCAGCCUCAGUGGACGUGAUCCUGACAAACCUCAUGAAGGGGAAUCUGCUUCCCUCCGCUCUCAUCUGGAUCACCUCCAGACCAGCAGCAGCUGAUCUCAUCCCCUCUGAGUGUGUUGAUCGAGUCACAGAGGUACGAGGCUUCACUGACAAACAUAAGGAGGAAUACUUCAAAAAGAGAAUCAGUGAUGAGUGUCUGAAUAAUACAAUCAUCUCACACCUGAAGUCAUCCAGGAGCCUCUACAGUAUGUGUCACAUCCCAGUGUUCUGCUGGAUUUCAGCCACUGUUCUAGAGAGAAUGUUCAGUGAAGCAGAGAGUGAAGGAGAGAUCCCCAAGACUCUCACUCAAAUGUACACACACUUCCUGAUCAUUCAGACAAACAUCAAACAUCAGAAGGACUAUGAGAAGAAAGUGAACAGUGAUGAAGACAUGAUCUUCAAACUGGCCAAACUGGCUUUUGAGCAGCUUGUGAAAGGGAACCUGAUCUUCUAUGAUGAGGACCUGAGAGAGUGUGGCAUUGAUGUAGCAGAAGCAUCGGUGUACUCAGGAUUGUGCACUCAGAUCUUCAGAGAGGAGUUUGGCUUAUAUCAGGGGAAAGUUUACAGCUUUCUUCAUCUGAGCAUCCAGGAACAUCUAGCAGCUCUUUAUGCUCACGUCUCCUUUACAAACAACAACACAAAUGUGUUUGAAUCUGAACUCAUUGAACCUGAACCAGGUUGUUUUUCUAAAAUUUUGGAAUUAGUGAAACCUAAAUCAUCAGAUCAAAUAUUAUUAUCUGAGUUACAUCAGAGAGCCGUAGAUGAAGCUUUGCAGAGUAAAAAUGGACAUCUGGAUCUUUUCCUGCGUUUUCUUCUGGGUCUCUCACUGGAGUCCAUUCAGACUCUCUUACAGAUGACAAGAUGCUCCUACAAGAAAACAGAAACAGUUGAGUACAUUAAACAGAAGAUUAAGAAGAAUCUGUCUCCAGAGAAAUUCAUCAAUCUGUUUCACUGUCUGAAUGAACUGGAUGAUGAUUCACUGGUGGAGGAGAUUCAACAAUAUGUGAAAUCUGGAUCAGUUGGACACUCAAAAUUUUCCUCUUCUCAGUGGUCAGCUUUAGUUUUUGUGUUGCUGGCGUCUGAGCAUCAUUUGGGAGAACUUGAUCUAAAUAAAUUUAUUGGAAGAGAAAACAAAGUAUACGAAGUUCUUAUGAAACUGCAGCCUGUGAUUAAAGAAUCCAAAAAAAUCCAGUUAAGUCAUUGUUCUAUCAAAAAUGAAAGUUGUGUUGAUCUUACUUCAGCUCUGAUAUCAAACCCCUCACAGCUGAGAGAACUCAAUUUGUAUAAGAUUAAUUUUGAAGAGACAAGUUUGGACCUGCUUUCAGGUGGACUGGAGAAUUCUCACUGUGAACUGACGACACUCAGGUUGAGUAAUUGUUCUGUCAAAGAAGAAGAUUGUGUUGCUCUGUCUUCAGCUCUGAGAUCAAACCCCUCACACCUGAGAGAUCUGGAUUUGUCUGAGAAUAAACUUGGAGAUUCAGGAGUGAAACUGAUCUCUACUGUACUUGAGAAUCCUCUGUGUUUUUUGGGUUCUCUCAGAUUGGAGCGUUGUAAGAUCACAGCUGAAGGUUGUGCUGCUCUGUCUUCAUCUCUGAGAUCAAACCCCUCACACCUGACAUAUCUGGAUCUGUCUAAUAAUAAUGUAGGAGAUUCAGGAGUGAAGCUGAUCUCUACUGUACUGGAGAAUCCUCUCUGUAGACUAGAGCAACUGAAGUUGAGUCAGUGUUACAUCACAGAUGAAGGUUGUUCUUCUCUGUCUUCAUCUCUGACAUCAAACCCCUCACAUCUAAGACAUUUAGAUCUGUCUAAUAAUAAUAAUCUACGAGAUUCAGGAGUGAAGCUGAUCUGUGAUGUACUGGGAAAUCCUCACUGUAAACUGGAGAAACUGGUGUUGAGAUGUUGUAAUAUCACAGGUAAAGGUUGUCUUGCUCUGGCUUCAGCUCUGAGAUCAAACUCCUCAAACCUGAAACAUCUGAUUUUGUCUGGGAAUAAAUUUGGAGAUUCAGGAGUGAAGCUGAUCUCUACUGUACUGGAGAAUCCUCUCUGUAAACUUGAGACACUGAGUUUGAUGUUCUGUGGAAUCACAGAUGAAGGUCGUGCUGCUCUGGAUUCAUCUGAGAGGUCAAACCCCUCACAUCGGACAGAUCUCAAACUUUGAAUUUUCUGAAAUAUUAUAAAGCAUUUUAUUUGCAUUAACGGUGUCAUGUCUUGUUUAUUGUUUUUUACUGUUGUAUGAUGUCUAUUUAUGACGAUUGCAGGUUUUUUAAAUUAAAAAACAUCAAAGUCAAUAAGUAAUAGUCUAUUUUCUAUGCUCUACGCUCAGUUGGAGUCUUCUGUGAAUUUGGUUAGAGAUUUAGCGUAAGGCUACAUAUUCGCCACAUUCGCAUAGGAUUAGUAUUGUCUGGGGACCUCAUGUGAUUCAGAAUUUACAUCCCCAUCUGUAUUUCAUGUGGUGCAUUCGAAGGGGAUACAUUUCCAGAGCGCUUGUCUGCAGCUGCACUGCGUGAUAAUUUUCUGUGUUUGAUUACUUGUUGCUUGUUAAUCUGUGUUAAGUGUCUGGAGAGAACUGAGCACGGGUGCAAAAAUGAAUAAGUAAUAUGAGAGGAAAGAGCUCUUGAUUUUGAAUAAAUGAAUAAAUGUUUGUUAAAUUCAUGCAGAUUAAAAGAUGUGGUUAAAUGUAAUGUUUCAAGAGAGUUAUUGAUUAUAAAUAGUGCAUAUGGUCCAAGAGGCGCACACAGUAUUUGUUUAUGUUUCUUUCUUGUUAUCUUUUGUUUUAUAGAGUUUAUGUGCUUUCAUGUGUGUGACGUAAUGUGUUAUGUUUUGUAAUGAUGUUUUAAAUGGGACUUAUUGUUAAAGGAUUGUGACUUGUGAAUGAUUACUGAGAGAUUUGGUUAAGUAGUUUAUGUCUUUAUUUUUUGUAGCUUUCAUAGACUGUGGCAUCUUCGGAAACUACAGAGAAAGAGAGCAAAUAAAAUAUCUAAAAGACA